AUGUCCGACGAUGUCACCAGCAGCCUACUCUCAGUGGAGUCCCUGGUUCAGAAUGUGGCGUUCGAGCCACCGUUGGCAUUCUCAGGUUCCUCGCCUGACCCCGAAUCCCACCACGAGGACCAGGCCCCGAUUGCCAGCACGAAUAUCCCGUUGUGGCGCAGGGUACUCGAGUACUAUCGUCCCUUCUACAUCCUCGAUCACCUCACCUACAAGGAUUCCAAGGUGGUGUUGCGCUCGUGGGUCCAGGUGUUUGUCGGAGUGGUGCUAGCCACCGUCCCUCGCACCAGCCGCUGGAUAGGAAAUGCCACCUACUUGAUGCAAAUCAUGAGUUUCAUCGCCGUUUCGGGUGGAAAACUGGUCCAGGCUUCGUUCAACGAGAACUUUGUCGUGGUGCUUUUUGCGGUGAUCUCGUGGCUAUUUGAAGUCGUCAGCCUGAAAAUAUGCAACCGGCUUCGAGGAGGCAUCACCCACCACCAAGUGACACAGGCCCUCAUCGAUGAAGGAUCCUGCACGGUCGAGAACAUCGCUUCGUGCUUCGAGUCCCAAGUCUACACCGCACGUUAUCUCGAAACCAGAACCAGCGUCAUCUUCAUAUUUGCUUUGAUCAUCGGAAUUGCCCUCUUCGGGUACUUGGAUUCCCUCAAGUACCCAAGAUCGGGUUUUAUAGCGGGCCUGAUCAGCUUGAUCAUAACACUUUGCUACACAGUGUUCUACCCCACAUUCCAGCCCAUGGUGGGUCUCUCGGUGAUAAAGCCUCUAGGUGUGGGUGCAGCUAUCGCGUUUGCUGUUUCGGUAGUGAUAUUCCCCCAUACCUCAAGCUACCAGUACUUGGAUUCCACGUUGAGUAUCCUCAAGAGCUUGAAGGUAGAGAGCACCAAUAAUCUUCGGUUUUUUCACUCUAUUAAGCCUUCGGAGGGCUCCUUCUCCAACUACAAAGAGUUCAAGAAAAACGUACAUGCUUGUAAAGGCAAAAUCCAUGCAUUGGAUGUCCAUGUGCCGAUGAUUGAAAGAGAGUUUUCCUACUCAAGAUUCAAUCAACUGCAUUUGAAGUCUUUCCGCGCCCUUCUAAGGAGCUUACUACAUGUAUCAUCGGGCUACGACUCUCUCUAUGAGAUGAUACAAGAAAAAAAGGAUUGGGCUGAUGAUAACCUAACAAGAAGGGUUAGUGUCGUUUCUCAAAACGGCUCAAUAGCAUCCCAUGGGGACUCCAAAUUCUUCACCACCAUCCAUGAAUCCUACAAACAAGUGGGAGAAUACGAAAAUAACAGAAGAGUAACACUAUUGAAGAAAAAGAUAUUGAACCUGGGCUAUCAAAAGCUUACAAUUCAAGAGUUGGACUUUGUCACCAGCAUCAUACAAACGAACUGUAGUUCAUUAAUAGAGGUCACUGACCGAGGGUUACAAGGAAUAGUAUCAUGGCUUGAAAAUGCCAAUGACUUUAGAAUAUUCGCGUUAUGGCCAGGCAAGUGGAACAUGCACAAACAAAGGCAACAAGAAAGUCAUGAAUCGCUUGAGAAGGUGAAACAGAACAUUAUCGAGGAAAUGGAAACAUUCUCCUCUAUUCCAAAAUUAGAAGAAUUAACCAGACAAGCUAGUCUUAAUGAGGAAACAUUAUUAUGUUUAAUAAGCGAACUUAGUUUGUAUCUUCAUCUAUGCAAGAACCAUUGCAGGCAUUUACUUCGAAUCAUAGACUUGUUCUUGGUAAUGGAUAAAGAACAACCAUAUCCCAAAUUUCUGAGCUACUUCACCAAAGGAACGUCUUCUUUUGAAGAUGAUGUUCCCAAAUUCGAAGAUGAGGAUACUUCAUUUCUUGAUUCCCAAGUUCAAGCCAGAGACCCGGAUGCUAAUGCACCAAGCAAUGUUUUAAACUUAGUUGGAAUUCAGGUGGUAAAAGUGUACCACUUUUUGCUUCAUCCUCAAUUGUGGUUCUUGAUUAGAGCAGGUGGUGUGGUAGCCCUAGCGGCAACUCCUUACUUUGUCAGAACUACUGCCCAAUGGUAUUUUAACAACAGAUUGGUCUGGGUCGUCAUCAUGACUGCAUUGUCCACUUUCCAGACUACAGGUCAAUCGGUUUACGUCUUCGGGAGUAAAUUAGUUUACUCAUUUUAUGGAUCCCUCUUAGGGUUAGUGGGAUGGUACAUAUCGAGAGGAAAUUAUUACGGAUACCCUGUUGUUUGUGGUGUGAUUUACCUUUACUUGGUGUAUUAUAGGCAUUUUGCUAAGCACAAUUUAGUGGUCCCAAAUGUCUUAUUCGCGGUGACCACAAUUUUAGUUCUAGGAACCAGUUUUGUGGACCUCAAAUACAGCCAAGUUGCCAAUAUCGGAUCAGGCUGGAGGGUUGCAUACACGAGAUUCGUUAGUGUCAUUGUGGGACUUUGUAUCGGAUUUUUAGCAUGUUUAUUUCCUAAACCCCAUUCAUCAAGAACGGAUUUAAGAAGAUUAUUGGCUAAAAUUAUAUCGGAGUCAGGUACAAUUCACUGCUACGUAUCAAAGUUUGCAUUGCAUAGAGUGGAAUAUCCAAAUUAUCAUAUAAAAACUAGUGAUGACUUGAUAGUUAAUACCACUCGAAAAAACUUUCGUCGUGUGGCCAAAAUCUCGUCGCUUAUGGUAGCUUUGACUCAUGAGAUUCCAAUUUCCGGAAGUUGGCCAGAAGCAAAGUAUGCCAAAUUGCACAACAUUUUGUAUGACAUCACUCUGAUUUACUUCUUACUAUUGUCGAUAUUUGAUCAAGUGGAAGAUCCAGAAGAGUGGGUACCGAUCAUGCUCCGCAAAAUGGGAUGGUCAAGUGCUUCUUUGAACGGUGACUUGUUUGGCAUGAUUCACAUGUCUAGUGAUGCAUUAUUAACUAGAAACCAAUUGCCCAAGAUUACAGACUCCAACCUUUCAGUGAAACACCUAGAAAUCUUGACAAAUAGAUGGGGGAUUGCAAAAGGAAAGCUUAGAGACGGGUUCUAUCGAGCAGCAGCCAAUUCUAGUCUUGAGCAUCAAUCUCGAGAAGGUGAUGUUCACGAGUCGGUGAUGGAAAAUCUUGAUUUCCAAAAAAUAUACAGUCAUGAUGGUCAAUUGUCUAACGUGUCCUUGAUUCUAGCACACAUGCUAUUCGAAAGAUUGGAUCAAGUUAUGAUAGUAGUGAAAUCUUUGGUUGGAGAGAAGUACGACUUCGACAUUAGUGGUCUUGAAGACCCAGAAGAGGACUCAAAACUUCUCCCACUUAAAUGA